AUGCUUCGAUUCUUGCCCUUUGUUUUCUUGCCACUGGUAGCUUUCGCUGCUGCUGGUAAGCCUCAAGAGAAUGGGGACCCUAUUGAGCUCAAGGGAGGGUUGUACGAUUCUUGCGUUCCUGCCCGUGUGAUACAACACUCAAAGGGUGAGAAAGUCUGGGUGACCGGCACCUGCCAAAAACGUGAUGGAAAUCAAAUGGAAAGCCAUUUGGACUUAGAUCGGUGUUUCACCUGGGAUACCCUUGAUAUAAAGCCAGAAAAAGAUGGACCGGGAUUUUCCGCGCUAUGUCAUCAUUGUAAGGUUUACCUUGAAGCGAAUUCCUUAGAACAAUGGGGAUGGAACUUGAAAUGUCUCUGUGGCCAGGGGGAAUUAGGUUAUCAGCCGUUCUUCCCUUUCCAACUAAAUGAAACAGUUCAGAAUGAUGAUGGUGUGCUGAGUUGUUUUGGUAUAAAGGGUGAAAACGGGCCACCCCCGGGCCCUCAGGAUAUCUCGACUACCGAGAAACCCGUGCGUGGGGUCUACGAUUCUUGCGUUACUGUCCGUGUGAUACAACAUGCGAAGGGCGAGAAAGCCUGGGUAACCGCUCUUUGCCCAGAACGUAGUGGGGGCCUUAUAGAAAGCCACUUGGACUUGGACCAGUGCUUUAGCUGGAACACCGACGAUGACUAUAUACAACCCAGAAAAAGUGGGAAUGGGUUGUCGGCACAAUGCCAUGAGUGCACAUCAUUACAACCAGUGGGUAGUGGUUUGCAGUGCCUUUGUGGCCAGGAUACACAGGACACGUACCGCUUUAAUCUCCAUACCAUAGUUAUUAAUGAUAAUGAUGGUAUGCUGAGUUGUUUUGGUAUAAAGGGUGAAAACGGGCCACCCCCAGGCCCUCAGGUUAUCUCAGCUACCGAGAAACGCAAGCGUGGCUAA